AUGACGGACAAAUGUAUACAAGCGCGUCCUGUAACAUGCCUAGUUGCCGAGGAAGGUAGUGAAGCAAAUUCCAGCGACCACGCGUUCGUCAUCCCUGAAACGCUGUUGAAAAAGGCAGAUGCAGCAUUGCUGCAAAAGAAGGAGUUGCUGGAAAGGGAAGAGAAAUCCGCACCGUGGGGACUGCACGUGUCGUUCGGAUCCAAAAACCUCGUUCUGCACAGGUAUUUCCUGAACAAAUGA